CGUCGCUGUCUCUCACGUGCUCACUGAGGCACAAACCGCAACACGAUACCGGCACCGGUGACCCUCCCGAGACGCCAUGCCAGGACGCGGGCUACACAAGCCCUCGCGGUGGCCUGAGACUUCAAGACGUUGCUUCACUGACCUCGUGUUCUCUAUCGUGCUGCUAUUUCAGAGCACAAGCGCGAGUUUAGAAAUGACGCCGACAACCGCGAUAGCCCAAUCGGACGUUGCCUGUCCGGCACACUGCAGGUGCCUAUUUCCUCAGAGGCACACGAGCUGCCUCGAUGCCAGACUCAGUGAAGUUCCACAAAAUGUGCCCUCGAACACCUCCCAAUUCGACCUGCAGGGAAACCAGCUCCGCACUUUGCCAACCAACGCUUUCCGAAAUUUGUCCGUGCUCAAGUCGUUGCACCUCAUCGACUGCGAGUUAUCGAUUGUGAAACCCGGUGCCUUCAAUGGCCUCUCCGAGCUGACGUAUCUCUACCUGCAAAACAACAGUUUGAAGAGCCUCCAGGUAGGAUUAUUUGAUGGACUUGUCAGCGUUACGUACCUCUACCUCGACUAUAACCAACUGGAUAGCAUCUGUUCAGGUAUUUUCUCCCCAAUGAAGAAGUUAACUGGCCUCUACAUUCGCUACAACCACCUGACUUGGCUCGCAGACCACACUUUCCAGGGUCUUACUUCUCUGCAGUGGCUCUACCUGAACGACAACUCCAUCUCAAAUAUAUCGAAAUAUGCCUUUCAUGGCCUACAAGCUCUGCGUCGUCUCGCCCUCGAUGGGAACAACCUGACGACCCCUCCGUCGGACGCGAUUCGUGUUUUGGACAACCUGAACUUGCUUCGACUCAGCAGGAACCCCGUGCCAUCGCUGAAAAACAACUGGCUGGCCCGCGGCAUUCGCGGCCUCACCCACCUCCACCUGGACGAGAUGGGCUUGACCAGCUUGGGUGUCCGAGCUUUUGCUCGCCUGCGCCGCCUGCGUGUGCUCACGUUGCGCAACAACCGACUGACCUCGCUGCGCUCGAUACUGUCGCUCAAGUCGCUCGCGACCGUGGGCCUCAGUGGCAACCCGUGGCUGUGCGAUUGCCGCCUCAUUGAGCUGUGGACGUGGCUCGUGAGUCGGGCAUACGAAACUCCUGGGGAGGUGAUUUGUCGCAACCCUCCAGCACUCCAAGGGACGUAUCUUGCCCUCACCAAGCUGCAGAUUCUCACCUGCCCUGCAUUUGAGAACGAAACUGCAGCUACAGAAAUAUCCCAUUUCAAUGAAGCCUCAACACUCUACCAAACUACAGGAGGCCCACGCGCUACAGAGACAUCACGGACUCAAGGCUGGAAAUCGAUCAACCACACCACCUCCCAGAGACUUCGGAGACCUACCCUUCCUACUCUUCCUGCCCAUCCGACCGAUGUGCACGCUUCCACGGUGACAGAAGCUGUGGAGACUCUGGAGCCGUGCAGAUCCUCUGAGAUCCAGCACGUUAGGGUGGAGGUGUAUCCAAGAUCGGUGAAACUGGAGUGGGAGUCACUGUCACCAGACCCUUGGGCAGAAUUCCAGGCAUGGACAGUGGACGAUUUUUUGUUCAACCUUGCCUGA